GUGUGCAUAACAAAGGUAGUGGAGGGACGUAAACCAGUCAACUCGUUAACAAUACAAGAACAACGAAAGUCAGUACUUAAAAGAAUAAAAAAGGCGUAUGCUUUAGAGGUAAGUGGCAUUAGUACCACUGUUGACGUUCGGGAAAUGAGGUGUAAUUAUGACAUAUAUAAGUGUCACUUAUGUACCUUUUUAUCAAACAUUGUAACUUAACUUAUUAGACACAGCGUUUUGAGUAGCACCUGGCUUGAUAGACAGCAUCAGUAGUUUCAUCAGUUCAGAGAAACUUCCAGCCCAGGAACUGAUUUUAAAAUUUGUCGUCGGAGAUUUCUUACUGUCUCUAUUGUUGGUCAAUCCUAACACAGAGCCAAGUUGCUUAUUCUGGUAUAUUUCACCUUCUUGGUCUCGUUUCAAAAACUUCCAACAGCAACUAAUGAUACUACGUCAACUAAAUCCAAAAAUAAAAAAAAAUAAAGUUUGGAAUCGGUAAAUGACACUUUUAUUUAUUUUUUCAGGAAUCCUCAUACACCGAGCCAGCCGUCGAUGUCACUGGAAAAUACAAAGAUCGUGCAGAAGUCAGGUAGGGCAUAGGAGUCAGUCAUUCGUUUCUCCCGCCCCCGCCAAAGGCUUUCCAUGGCUGAGCGGCUGGUACUGAAGACGAGCGCGGAGCGAGAUCGGGAACCAGUUUCCAUAGAUUUAAGCGAUCGAUCGGAAGCUACUGGGAACUGAGAACUGGGGAGAGUUUUCUCUUCGUGUUAAUUAAUUUGGCUAGUAGCAAUUGAGGAAGGAGAAAAAGUGGUUGAUCAUUUCUCUGGUCGCCCGUUCCCUUGAAGAAAGGAGCACCUCUGGUAAUGGAAAAGUAAGGAAUGGUGAAGCGCAAAAAAAGGUAUAUUGUGGGCCUUGACGUACGAACAUGCGACAAAAAAGUGAGCUAGUACUCAAGACAAGGACACAUGAUUUUUUUUCUCUCCAGGCCUCUUGCUUCUCCUCGUGUCAUUCCCACUUUCUUUCCGAUUUAAUGUCACGUCAUUAACAAGCUGACGGUUAUGUUUUUCCUUCUUCGUUUAGACGUACAAAGGUCGGAAGUGAUGUUCCUGUAGUGAUUGCUGAUGAUGCCCCUGCAUCCGUUCACAGGUGGAUCAACUUGUUUGUUUAUUGUUUUUUACUUUUCUUUCUUUCUUUUUGUUCAUUUUUUUUUCAUAAAGCAGCAUGUACUCACCGAUUGCUUGGAUCCUCGUGGUUUGAGGAGAUACGAUGUGAAAGACACGACUUUUUUUGUAGUUGCGUUGUAUUUGUUCCUUUUUCUUCAACCAGAAUUAGUCAUUUUUCUUUCCCAUUGUCUUGGACUAUAUUUUUUAAUCUGACACACAGUAACGAAAGUGAUAAUUGAAAAACUAUAGCAAGCAUUACAGUGAUAUGUUUCAGGCUACAUUUACUUUGUGUUGCUCUCCUUGUCCUGUCGGUAACUGUGCCCACAUCGUGGCGGGCUCCUCCCAAUAUAAAAAUCGCUUUUUUCGUUACCGUGAGAAAUGUUGUAAUUAUUGAUAUCAGUUUUCCUUCUUAUUUCAGACCUAUUAGUACAGAUAAUGUUGGACGCCAAAUGUUGGAAAAAAUGGGCUGGAGCGAAGGAGAGGGUCUGGGACGAGAGGGAGCUGGGCGCCGGGAACCGGUUAGCAUUGAGCCAUCUGAUGAAUAUCCAUUGAUGAAAUUCGCGAGUAUUAACUGGGUAUUGCUGGGAUUGGUUUUCCGAUCUCUAUCACCCUCAGCAUAAAUAGCAUGCAUUCGUGGCUUUAAAUUACUUAGGUCAUUACGUUUCAGGUUGUUGGAAGUUUCAAAAAGUAGAACUUCUUUCUGCAACAACUUUUCGCAGCCUUCAACAGCCUGGUUUGUUGCAAGACAGGUUUGUUUCGUAGGGGGUAAAACGCGCAACCUCGCUAUUCAAUUCGUUUUGCAGCAAUGUUGCAAAACAAGUUUCACAUUUUUGUUGCCCGCUUUACUGUACUUUAAGUUUGUGUUUCACUGACUACAUUGCUUGAUAUUGGCCCCACUUCUCCUCCAUGUAGGUCAUCGUUGAGGUGCGCGACAGCCUACGGGGACUGGGCACAGGAGUAAAACGAAGCCUUGAUGAUGCAGACGGGAAAAGUUACGCACGAGCUAAGACGCGUGAGAGAUUUACGCAAGCCGCUCAAGUAACAAACGAUACUACAAAGAGAUUUGUCGCAGCCAAAACAGUGCAUGCUGAAGAGAAAACUUCGCACAACAAAGACACUGAUGAUGUUAUUUCACUUAUAGAGAAAGCUCAAUCUAAUAGCGAUUCGACGCAAUCAAACAAGGCUGACAAGGAGGAAACAGUGGAUAUGUUCUCUGAAUGA